AUGAACGAUUCCACCUAUCCUCUAUUCUCUGUUUUCGCGUUUUUGGGCUUUCUCAUCGCCCUUGUGCCCUUGCCAUGGCACAUACAGGGCUGGAACUCGGGUACCUGCAUUUACAUGCUCUGGUCGUCAUUUGCUUGUAUGAUUCAGUUCGUCGACUCCGUUGUUUGGAGUGGAAAUGUCGACAAUCCUGCUCCGGUCUGGUGUGAUAUUUCAACUAAGUUCCUGAUAGGCGCAGGUGUUGGUAUUCCUGCCGCUUCUCUUUGUAUAAACAGACGGCUAUUCAAAAUUUCGCGGAUGAAUGCAGCUACGGUGACUCGCAAAGAGAAAUUGCGUGCUGUAUAUGAAGAUUUGGCGAUUGGUGUUGGAAUCCCAAUACUAGUCAUGGUUCUACACUACGUAGUUCAGGGACAUAGGUUUAACAUACUGGAGAACGUUGGUUGCACUCCCGAUAUCUGGAACACUCCUCCAGCUUACCCUCUCGUUCUCAUGUGGCCGAUCCUCUUGGGUUGUGUAUCAUUUAUAUAUGCUUCACUUACUUUGCGCGCGUUCUGGCGACGCCGUGCGCAGUUCAGCGAACUGCUUGCUGCCAACAGCUCAAUGUCUACGAGCCGCUACUUCCGGCUUAUGCUUCUAUGUUGCGUCGAGAUGGCUUGCACCGUGCCUCUUAGCGCAUUCAGCAUCUAUAUCAACAAUAUGGACGAUCCCAUCCAGCCAUACGUGUCAUGGGCAAAUGCUCAUUACAAUUUUUCUUUCGUGGAGCAAAUUGCCGCUAUUAUCUGGACGAGUAAUCGUGCAUCCUACAUAUCCGUCGAAUUGAGUCGAUGGAUAUACCCUUUCUCUGCCUUCCUUUUCUUUGCCCUUUUUGGCUUCGCCGAAGAGGCCCGUCGCCACUAUCGAAUGGCAUUCUGGGCAAUAGCCAAACGUCUAGGCUACCGCCAGCCCCCACAGAAGAAGUUGCUUCUUGGAUCUCUGCGAUUUGGGGAUCUCAAAAAGGAAUCAAAGGAUCAGCUUCCUCCUUACACUCCUUCGCCUCCGAUUCGUCGCAAGCGACAGGAUUCGCUAUUGUCGUCUCACGCUGGCAGCUUCAUUAACAUCGACUUGGAGAAAGCUUUACCUUCCCCGGCAUCCACUUCAGCCACCCUCGCCGCCGUCGGUUCACCUACAGAUUCUGAAAUCACAAUACUAUCUCCGCACCUAGAUUAUGUGGAGCUUCGCGAUAGCGUCGCCCUUGCUUCCCCUGCAAACUUUCCAGUUCAUCAUCCCUCCUCGCCACGACAAUUCGCUCGGCUCUCAGCGGAACGAGUCCUUGUACCUCCUUAUCAUAGACCAUUUAGCCCACCGACCAUUUGUCCCAUGCCUGCAUCGCAAGCAUUGGCUCAAUGCACAACGGUCCAGGUGUCGACCCAUACCGAGGCCGCUGAAUCUGCAUAG